UAGACGCAAGCAAACAUGUCGGUGGUGUGUUAACACCGGCGUGCCUUGUAAAAUCAGUUUUUGGUUUGAAAGCUCGUUGUUUAGUUUUUGCUUCAUCCACUAGCAGUUAAAAUGGUGCAAGAAUACCAGUCGCCUGUAAGGGUUUAUAAGUACCCUUUUGAGAUAGUCAUGGCGGCUUACGAAAAGCGUUUUCCUACUUGCAAAAUGAUUCCAGUGUUUCUUGGCAGCGAUAUUUUGUCAGAGUAUAAGAGCGAAGACGGCGCGGUACACAACAUCGAAAGGAGAUGCAAACUCGAUGUAGAUGCUCCGUAUCUAUUGAAGAAAAUUAUUGGCGUGGAGUAUGUGUAUUUCAAUCAAACGAACUGUCUCGAUCGGCGCGAGAGGACUUUGACAAUCACUGCUUUCAACGAGAGCUUCUCGUCCCGUGUUUCUGUCACAGAACACUGCUUCUAUUCGGUUCAUCCCGACAAUCCUGACUGGACUUGUUUUGAGCAGGAUGCCACUUUGGACAUCAAGUCAUUCUUUGGUUUUGAGGCAGCCAUUGAGAAGUUGGCCAUCAAGUUGUAUCUUCAGAACAUCAAGAAGGGAAAAGAAGUGAUUCAGUACUACAUUGAUGAGUUGAUUAGUGAAGGGGUGACAUAUCUGGCUCCCUUUGAGAAUUCUCGUGGACGCCCAAGAACAAAGAGUGCAGAAGCUGUAAGUAGUGAAGACCAAACAGAGGAGGAUGGUAAUGCCCUUCCUAUUGCAAGCUCUGCAAUAGAAGCUUCUGAUGUGGUACCACUUGCCUCCAGACCAGAUUACAAGCUUGAUGAUGACUACAUUCAGAGGUUCCUUGGAAAACUUAGUCCCAAGGAAGAGAACCAACUUAUUCAGCUGCGCAAGAAACUCAGUGCCACCCAUCAAGGAAAGAUGCCUAAUGAUGCUCAUCUUUUAAGAUUUCUCAGAGCACGAGACUUCAAUUUAGACAAGGUGUAUGAGAUGCUGUGUGAGUCUCUGGCGUGGCGACGCCAUCACAAUAUAGACAACAUAAGGGAGAUAUGGCAGCCUCCUGAACCUCUCUUGAGCUACUACAGUGGAGGAUGGCAUAACAAAGAUAAAGAGGGGCGCCCAUUGUACAUACUCCGGCUAGGGUCCAUGGACGUGAAAGGUCUCCUUAAAGCUGUUGGUGAAGAUGGCUUUCUUAAACAUGUUGUCUCAAUUAAUGAAGAAGGACUAAGAAUGACUGAAGAACUGACAAAACAAACAGGGCAUCCAAUCAGCUCAUGGACGUGUGUUUGUGAUUUGGAAGGCUUAAGCAUGAGGCAUCUUUGGAGACCUGGGAUCAAAGCCUUAUUGAAGGUGAUUGAGGUUGUUGAAUGUAACUACCCUGAGACAAUGGGCAGACUGCUGAUUGUACGUGCACCCAGGAUAUUUGGUGUUUUGUGGACACUGGUCAGUCCUUUCAUUGAUGAAAACACAAGGAACAAGUUCCUCAUUUAUGGAGGAAAUGACUACCAGGGUCCUGGUGGUUUGACUGACUACAUUGCAGCAGAAUACAUCCCAGACUUUCUUGGUGGACCUUAUGAGUGCCAAAUUAAGGAGGGGGGACUUGUCCCAAAGACUCUAUACAGAUCUCUGGAGUUCAGUGAAGGAGAGGAAUCUUGGAGCAGUGAAAUCUACCAAACAACACAUGUUAGCAAGGGCUCACCUCAUGAAGUCCUGGUAACAAUCAAAGAAUCUCAGUCAGUGAUCACGUGGGAUUUUGAUGUCAUGAAAGGAGAUGUCCAGUUUACAGUGUUUCGUCACAAGCGGCCUCGGGAGGCAGUCAGUACCACAAGCUUAUCAAGUUUUGGAAGUGAUGCAUCCCUUAACCAGUCUGGAGUGAUUGCUGGUGUAGAUGCAGUGGUAGUUGAAAAGCCAAGGCAUUGUUAUGAUGGUGAAUCUAUACAGGGAACCCAUGUUUGUUCCAUUCCUGGAGUGUAUGUUCUUCAGUGGAAGUACAAAUCUGGAGCACCAACAGGCCAGGCUCAUGGGCGUCAUACCAGAGCUAAAGUCAUGUACUAUCAUGAAGUACUUCCCUCUCGAGAUUUUAGGGGAUCAUUAUCAAGUCUGGAGUCUUGCCACAGUGGUUUCUCUCAGCUUAGCAUUUCAACUUCAACAAGUCACUCUUCAGGUGUAAGCACUGCUUCACACCCAUCCAGAUAGCAACUACAGUCAGGAGGGGCUCAGACACCAAGCACAACCAAAUCACACGUAACCAAAAAAAGUAGCAAAGAAUGAUAUUAUUACAAUGCUUCUUACUGCUCUUCAACAUACACAUGGGAAAAAAUUGCAAACUGCAGAAAUUUAAUUUGGUACACAAUUCUAGAAGUCAGUCAAUGGUAGGCACAUGAGGGAGAACCUUUACAACAAGGCAAUAUCUUUUUUUUUUCUCUGAUAAGUAAUGUGAAUUUAUUUUAGAUCUUUUUAGUUCACAUCAUUUGAAAACUGACAGGCCUCUCUUUCUUAACCCUUUAACUCCCAGAUUGUUAAUUCUCCCCUUCAGCUUCUGCACAUUCCCUUGUAAAUAUUUGAGAGAAUUUGGUGUUAGAUCAAGAUAACAACUUAUGCCUGUUAAAUAUGAGUAUUCUCAUCACCUGUUUGCUGGAUAAUGUAUGGAUAUAAUAGGGAGAAGUUACAUACUUAUCGCCUCUGGGAUUUAAAGGGUUAAGUGCUACCAGUAUUGUCAUUCCCCAACAUAGUUUAAGUCGCAGAGCUAGAAAUUUUGGAUUUAGUGAAAGGGAUGACAUACUUGUUUCACAAACAAUCUUAAAAAAAUAAUUGUUUUUAAAUCUCAACAAAGUUUCAUCUCUGUGGGACAUAAGAAUUUUUGUGGAGGAUGCAAAGAUUCCAUUACAGGUGACUUAGAUUGUUUAGUGAUCUGUGGUGUGUCUUUGUUUAGCUAAACAAAAUAGUUCAUUCCUGUCAAUUUUCCACUUUUUAAGUUCUAUGUCAUGCUUCAAUUAUUCUGGUAAUAGUGAAAGCAGAUGCCAUUUUUGUCUGCUGGCAGACAUCAUUAUCGGUCAUUUGUCAAUAUUACCAGCUGUAAAAUAUUACCACCAAAAAUUAAUGUCAGAAGUUGUGGGAUACCAGAGAAUCUGAAUUGCUACAUGCAUGUAGCACAGAAAUUUCUGCCAUCUCACUUUUGCACUGGUUAAGGCUAUGCAGACACAAUCUCAAUUUGCCCAACAUGUAUAUAAUUCUUUUUUUAAUAUUGUCAAUGUGUUAUACGUUGCAACACCUAAAGAACUGAACAUUUCAGUUUCCUCUGCUGCCUGAUUUUUACUGGCUAGCCUAUUUUGAAAAGGUUAUGUUCUUACUAUUCCCAUGAAACAAGUUAAAUUUCCAUUUGCACUAUUUAUUAAAAGUAAAUAACCAUUAUGACAAUUGAAAUUUUGUAAAAUAAUAAUUAAGAAUUGUAAAUUAUAUCAUAGGCACAAACCACAAACUAGAGGUGAGCCCCUCAAAUUAUUAUUGGUUGAUAAGAAAUAAUAAUUACAUGGCUAGUAAUGAAAUCCGAAGGAAAGAAAGCAGUUUCCAGUACUGUGUUUCAUCCAGGUUUAAUGCAUAAAUUAAGUGUUAAAAUUACAGAUCAGAAUGACGUGAAUGAGGAGUUAGUGAAUUUUAGGUCCACACCUAAACCUCAUACUAUGGCUGACAUCAUAUCAUGAGGUGGAAAUGUUCAACUGUUCCAGGUUUCUUAACCUGGUCUUCCUCACAUUCCCAGCUUGCUGGGUCAUAAUGAAAUAAGCAUUUUUUUAACAUGGAAUAGUGUUAUUGAAUGAUAUAGUUGUAAGGGAAGGGGAGGGGGGGGGGGUGUAGAAAUCUACACUUACAGGUAUAGUGUUUUCAUCAAAUUCUCAACAUGUUAACUCCCAAGAUCUGAUGAGUUGUUCUCCCCUCCAGCUAUAACCUUCUAACCUGGGAGUGAUUUGCUUCAAAUUUCUCCUCACAGUAUCACCCUUGAAUCAAUUAUAAUGGUCAUGAGAAUAAUGGAAGUGAUCACCAAUUUAAGAAGCUUCUGAUUGUCAAGAGAAUUCUCUUUGUCAGAACCAUGGAAAAUGUAAAGAGAACAGUAUGGAGAAUAUGAAUACUGAUGUUAGAGUGUGAAGGGUUAAAACUAGGUAAGAUAAUGUUGUGUUACCUUAACUAGGCACCUCAAUCAGAUGGGAUAACAUAAAAUGCACCACUAUUCUUAGGACAGAUUUAUCAUUUUUGGGUGUGAAAGGAUUAUAAUGAAAUUGUUUGUGGCUGCAAUAUUUUCUAGAUGCCUUAAAUUUGAUGCCUAGUGGGGUAAUUAAGCUGGGACACACUCCAUGAACUAAUUGAGGCAUAACUUAAUGCUCCAUUGACAGUUUCAUUUCAUACCAAACAGGUCUUGUUAAUCAUUUUUGUGGUAAAUUAUUUUACUGAGAUCACAUCAGCCAAAGAUCAGCAGUUACAAUCAGAUACUUCCAGGUAAAAAAAAAAGUUUUCAAUACCUUUACAAGGUUAAUAACAUUAUUAAGAUUUUAGAAGUUGCUGACAUUAUGAAAAAAUUGUCAUCUAUGUGAUGCAGUUUGUCCAUUGUGCAUCAACUCAAGUUGUAUCAAGCAGAUUUUCAAAAAUGUAUCAUAAGAAAAAUUUUGUACAAUUUCAUCAGUGAUCUGAUGCUUGUUACAAUUUUCCAGAUAAUUGCUGGGUUUCAAUUUAUCAUAGGGCUAGAUUUUUUUAUAAUUCUACAAAGUAAUGCAUGAAGUUGAAACUCAACUGCAAGUCUUCAUUGCAUGCAAUAUUUUAUUUAUCUUCAUAAAUAUGAUUACAUAAGUAAUGGUAUCUUUUUACAUACAUUCUUAACAAUUGAAAAAAAUUGAGGUUAGACACGGAAUUGUUAUUGAGUUAGUGAUGAUAAUUAAAAUGUUAUAAGGGAAUUUUCUGAAUUAUGAAUGUAUAGAUAUAUGUUCUAUCAUCAGAAUUCUUUAGCUAGUAUUACUAUGAUGGUGCAGUGGACUUGAAAUAAAAGUUUUU